ACAAUGCUUACCUAACUGCGACUGUCAUCAGAAGUUAAAAUUAAUAUGUUAACAAAGAUAAAACAGCUAUUGAACAGCUGCAUAUUAGUCGCAGCUGUGUACAUAUCUCAAGAUAUAUAUAAAUUGUACAUAUAUAUCGGUCCUUACUGUAUUUGGUGAAACCCACUACGAACAGUGAAGAAAUAGCAACUGCUGUACGAUGAUGCAACUCGCGUAUAUCCUGAUCGCAUUCGCGGUUGUUGGCAUUCAUGCAGAUGAACCGGAAAGGCUAGUGAACGCUGUUAAUACCAGCAUAGAUAAGUAUCCGUUUGCAGUCUCCAUAUCCAAACAAGGACAUCACAAUUGUGGUGGUGCCAUAAUCAAUAAACGCUUCAUUCUAACCGCCGCCCAUUGUGUGGAACCAUAUAAAGAUAAACCCAUAAUGAAUGAAAUGAAGGUCCUUAGCGGAACUACUACUCUCAAUAGUGGUGGAGUUCUUUACGAUAUCGAAGAUAUGUAUUACCAUGAGAAAUAUGAUCCUCAAAAUGUUGGUUACGACAUUGGUUUAAUUAAGUUGGCCAAGGAUAUCGAAUUCAAUGAUGUCCAGAAACCGGUACCGUUACCAAGCUGCGAUGCUCCUAUCCCGCAAGGCAAAAGGGUAUCAAUCGUAGCUUGGGGUAGACUUUUCCAUAGGGGUCCUGUGUCGAACAACUUACAGAUAUUAAACACUUUUUACAUGACCUACUCUGAGUGUCAGAAGUAUCAUACGCAAAAGAUUCCUGCUAUAGAAUUCUGCACCUUCAUAGCACCUAGUCUAGGAACAUGUAACGGUGAUAGCGGUAGUGCUGUAAUAUGCGAUGGAAAGAUUAUUGGCGUAGUCUCUGCCGGAAGGCCUUGCGCCACAGGUGUUCCAGAUAUAAAAACCGAUAUCUGCUCUCAUAUGGACUGGAUUCAAAACACCAUGAUGAAUUAACAUCUCAAAUAAAAUUUGCAGACAAUUUGCACAAAGGAAAAUAUUAUCAUCGCGGAAACUUGAUUCGUUAACACAUGUUAUAUUUUUUUAAUAUUAACCGCAUAUUCUUCGAGAUCUUUUACCGAAUCUACUCUUUACUCUUUAAAAGUAGAUAAAAAAGCAAUAGAUGAAAAAUUUAUUUUUGUGAAAUUGAAUAUUUUAUUUUCAAUUGAAUAUUUUAUUUUCAAAAUCAAAAAUUGCAAUGAUAUUACGCUACAAACUUGUGAGAGGUUAUUAUAAAUAACCACAAAGAAAUAUGCAAAUAUGGAAAAUCCUAUAAAUGUAGAAAAAGUAACAGCGCAGGAUAUAUUUCCAGCAAACAUAGAACAUAACUAUCAUAUAAAAUAGAAGGAAUAUGUAAUAUAACUGCUGUUAUAUAAUAAUACUAGAUAAUAUGUUGGGGUUGUUUAAUCUCUUU